CGGUUCAUUGUGGCGUCCAAAGAAAUCCUGUUGUGACCGUUUAGUUAUUGAUACCGUUAUUUGAUGUCACUUGUUAAUGUUUAGAAUAUUUGCUUGAGUAAAUGAUCUCAGAUGGAUUGAAACUUGGCUGUGAAAGGCGCUACAGCAGCCAGGGGCGACAAACGCCUUUAACGCUCUAUGGUCCCUGAACGCCUCACCAACGGCGAGUAGCUAAACUGGCGGUUUUCGGUAAGUUUCCAAACAACAUAAGCGUUUUGCUGUGUUUUACGUUUCCUGUGCGUUGAAAAUGUGUUGUUGUCGUUGUUAGUUUAACUUAAUCCGGUAUUUGAAAGUGUAUAUUGCGUGGCUGUAACACACCAAGUCUGCACUUUCUUUGUGGCAGAGGCCUGUGAGCGUCCAUUCAUAAGGAGCCAAUCACAGUUGACUGUACUUGCGCUGUUCAGCCAAUAGGGAAGCAGAUUGUUUCCUUGUCGCGAUUCGACCGCGGACAGACAUAGACAAGUGGGCCGGUAAGAAGCUAAGCUAAUAUCCGUUAAAUUGUUGCGGAUAAACUUUGCCUUUUGCGGUGCUUUCUUACGAUAGAAGACCAGUGUAUCCGUGUUGGGAAUAUUAAAAAAACAGGGGAAUAUCGAGUUCGGGUGGCUACAAGGUAAAAUUUGGUGUUUAUUUGGCUCAAUACGCUUUACCUCCUGCUAGCAUACAAGGCGAGCGGCUACGCGACAGUCCUGUUUGACAACAACGCCUUUUACCGUCACGUUCCGGGUGUUGUUGGUCGUUUCCGUUAUCUGCUAGCGCCCAAAAAGUAUAACUGCUGUUGUCUUUACCACGGCGAAGAAAACUAGAGUGGAAGCAUGGCAGAAUUCCUGGAAGAUCCAUCGGUUCUCACGAAAGACAAGUUGAAGAACGAGCUGACUGCGAACAAUGUGCCGCUGCCGAGCGGCGAGCAUAAGAAAGAAGUGUACGUUCAGCUCUAUCUGAAGAACUUAACGGUGCAGAACAACAAGAAGAGUCCACCUGGAGACACCUUCUCCAGCGACGACGAGCUGCCCACUCCGGUAGUCUCCAACAAAAGCCGAUCGGGAAGAAAAGCAACCAGAAAGACAGACAAGCCUCGCGUUGAGGUGGAGGUGACCGAACUCACCGACGAAGACCUAAAACAGCAACUAGCCAAGUAUGGAGUGGAUUCAGGACCUAUUUUGGCCUCGACCCGGAAGCUAUACGAGAAGAAGCUGCAGAAGCUUCUGGACCAGCCUGUGGCUGAACUCGAGGUUCCAGUCGACGUCACAACCAUCCCCAAGGCUGACACCAACCAGAAUGGCAACACAAACUCUGACCAGUACAGCGACAAAGAAGACGAGGAAAUCGCCACAACUGAUCCAGAGCCAGUUCCCGUGGUGGAGAAGCCUGUGCGGAGUAGGGGGAAGACUCCAGUGACUGUGAGGACCAGCAGCAGACGACAAACCAAGGUGGUUGAGGUGGUCGUCACUGAAGAGGCUCCCAAGAAGAGCAGUGAUAGUGUCGUAGAAGACAUCCUGGCCAAUGAAAUCAGCACACCAACAGGCAUCAGUGCGACCUGCAGGCGUCCCAUCCGUGGCGCGGCCGGCCGACCCGUGAAGCCCAGCGACUACUGGCUGGACGAGUCCCGCGUGCAGCACACAGUCCACACCGAGAGCCGCUCCUACUCUGAGUCCAUCUCCCGAGGCGUCCUCUCUGCCGCCUCUCCGGGCAAAGCGCCGGCCCAACACAGCUUCCUCCCCCUCCUGCUUAAGCUUCUGCUCCUGGUGGUGGUCGGCGGCUCGCUCUACUUUGCCUACCAAAACCUGGAUGAGGCCCGAAUGAGCGCUCUCCAAGGCCUCGUCGACGGCGUCCUUGUCCCGCUUCAAGGCGCUGUGGAGAGCGCCGCGGCCUACUUGGGCCUGGGCGGAAAGUAAAGGCGGUCUCUCGCUAUGGCCACGCCCACCUCCCUGCCACCACAACCACAUGCAACUAACUCAGUUCACCUCUUACCUUUUACUUUCUCCCCCCUGGUCGGACAAAGAAGUCACACUCAAUCGGGAACGACGUUCCUGUGUGCAGAUUCCAGCUUUCACCCUCGUGCACAGCAGGCAGGUGCACCCAAACAGUUGGCGUCUGUUUGGCGGCAGCCCCUGCGACUGAUUUUAAUGUCUGUUUUAACCUGUGAAUCGUCGUCUUUACGUGUAUUUAGCCCUCUUCCAAGUAGAAGUGUGUGGAGAGGCCAGUUAUCCCUGCAUGGUUGUAGCUUUUCUUCUUUGACAUCUGUGUCUGUUUGUGCACGUGCGCCAGGCGCUGAUCUUGACAGUGAGGCGCCUGAAUGCCACGUCCCCAAGCACGAUGCCGCGCUAACGCCAGAAUGUCCUCAAGCGUCUCAGUUAGUAGAUAGCUAGCGUGUCUACAUGGUGCUCACCGUGGCGCAUAGAUGGCGUCUGGGCACCGUCUUUCUUGGAGUGGAGCUCAUGUAUUAUCACCCAUCUUUAUCCAAGAGCGUCUUGAUCGCAGUCUCAUUCUACAGCUCAGCUGCCGUCUCUGUUUUCGGUUUACAUUUGGUUUUUAGUGCUCGUGAUUUUUUUUUUUUUUUUUUUGGUUGCUCUGGUUUGAAUUCGACUUCUGAUUCUUUAGUCCUUCUUGCAGGACAGGCUUUUAUUUGCAGCCACGUGCCCACAUGGGGGGGUGGGGUGGAUAUAUAACAAGGCACCUGUUAGGAUUUUAAUAUUUUUCUAGUCUUUGACUUUUUAUAGCACUCAUAAAGGUAAAAGAAUAAAAAAAAGCAAUAUGUAAUGUAACACAGGUGAUUCUCUUGUUUAAUUGGACUUCUAUCAAGUGAUCCACAUCCAGGCAGCUUCCCCGCAAUGGACACAUGUCAGAGCGUUAUGUGGGUAAAGAUUUUUAAUCUGUUUAUUUAUGAUCGUGUAGGAAGUGUAUCAUAAAAUAAACAUCGUCAUUACCAGA